AUGUUGAAUCGUACUUUGUCUACAGCAAGGAAUUAUGUUUACCAAGUAAUUAGGAACUGCAAAACAAAAGACACUGGAUAUUUGACGGAAUAUCAUGUUAUUCCAAUGGGUAAAAGUGAUGUAGGAUAUCAAACAAGAAUAUCCUAUCUUUCUAAAGAUAUGGAGCAAGCUAAAAAACAGUGUGUGCAUACAAUAAGUUGUUUGGGUUUUCGUAUGAUUGAUGGUCAAUUUCUUUAUGGGCCGAUUGCUGUUUUUCCUAAAACUGUUCUCUCUUGGAGAGUACUUACUCCAGAUGAUAUUACACCAGAAUCUUUGUCACUAUUUCUAAUGUUACAACCAAAAAUUGAUAUUCUUGUGGUCGGAUGUGGAGAUCGAGAAAAUAUUGAUAAAGUAAGACGAAGAAUAGCUCCAAUAAUGAAAGAACACCGCAUUGGUUUAGAAUUAUUGACAACAGAAGAUGCUAUAUCUACUUUUAAUUUUCUUAACUCAGAAGACAGAUACGUAGCUGCUGCACUGUAUCCACCUGAUAAUUUAGUCGUUACAGAUCAAGAGUAUUCUAAAACAUUACGUUUACUUAAAAGUUUCGAUGAAUUACAUGUAAACCCAAUCAUGCCAGAAAUUGGUCAGGAAAGAACUCGUGAUCUUAUAAAAGAAAUAUGGAAUGGAAAAGAUCUUAGUUGGUUUUACAAGUCGAGACUUGAAAUUGAAGAGAAAAUUCAUGCUGCAGCUGAGGAAAGGGAACUUCUCAAACGACCUGAAGAUAGGCGGAUAAAGAACCAACCUAGGAUAGAAGAUAAAAAAGACAAAUAG